UUUGGGGACCCCUGCUCUAAAGGCUCUGGGCGGCUUCUUGGCACCCAUAGCCUUCACACAAACCCCAGUUUUCAUUUCCCUACUGUCGCCGCUUUCAGAUGGUAGCACGCAUGCGCCAUCCUUUCGUUUCCACCCCAGUUCCGUCUCUGGGAGGACUUAACAGAUGCACUGUCACUCCUUCACUGGAGAAAUGUUUUUCAAAAUAUUUUAGUUCUGUCAGUAGUCCAAAGCGUCCUCUGCCAUCAUACCUUAUUUUUCUAAAUAAACAGCGUGACUUUUACAAGAAAAAAUAUCCAGAACUAAACAGUCAGCAGUUAACAAAAGAGAUUGGGCGUAUCUGGAGGGAAUUACCACAACAUGAAAAACAACAUUAUGAAGCAAUUGCGAAAUCGGAACGGGAUAAAUAUAAAGAACAAAUGGCCAAAUAUAAAUCUGAGUUAAAUCCUGUAGAGGAGGCAGCUUUGAAAGAGGAAAAAAGGAUAAGGAGACAAAUAAGAAAACAAGCAAAAAUAAAGAAGGAAUUAACAGCAUUUGGAAAACCAAAAAAAAAUCGGAGUUCCUUCAAUAUAUUUGUUUCUGAACAUUUCCAAGAAAUUAAAGGCACCUCAAAUCAGGAAAAGUUUAAAGCUUUAUGUGAAGAAUGGAAAACCCUAUCCGGUUUUCAAAAGCAGACCUACAGCCAGCUUGCUGAAGAUGAUAAGAUUCGCUACGAAAAUGAAAUGAGAUCAUGGGAAGAGCAAAUGAAAGCAAGUGGGCGUGGAGAUGUUCUAAAUUAUAAAUUCAAAAUGACACAAAAACGACAAAAACCUGAAACAGAACCAUUAAGCUGAAAAUAAAUAUUUGAAAAGCAAUAUUGUUUCAUCAGCAACAAAGAAAACCUGUACAAGAGUAAAACCAUCU